AACUGGGUACUCAGGCAACCUACAGACUGGUUUCAAUCCUGGAAGCAAAAGAUGUUCUUUUCUUUAUUUCUCAGCUCUGCUAACAGGUGUUUUUUUUCUUUAUUUUUUGUAAGUGAUCUGAUAAAGGUUGUUUUUGCGAGAGUCACCAUUGUUUUUGUGUUUGUUGUUUUUCAUUUGAUAACCUGCAAUUGCUCAUUCAGCGUAAAUUUUUUAAUGCAAACGACCGUAAAUGCACUUUUGACUGCUGUCAAAAUGGUAUGGCUCAUUUUCGAUCCUAUGUAAUACAAAAAAAACUGCGAAUGUAAGCGCUUAUUUUUGUUAGUCACUGCGUUUGUUUACUAACAACGCGAAAACAAUAAUAGCUCAAAAUGGACAACAACAAACUAGAGACCUCAACGCGCUAUCGCAUAACAAAACAAGGGGCCUAGUGACCUUGGGCCCCAUUAUUUCAGCCUUUGGCGGGAACUAGUUUCGGUUUCAAUUUCAAGAGAACCAAUGGCAAAAUCAAAAACAGCAACAACACGUGUUGCGCUCACACAGAUCAAGCUACUACGCAAGCUUUAUCGCAUAGAGCGUGCUCGUAAGCCAAUUAUGUGCCAAAAUACGAAUGGGAAGACAUACAUUAAAACCGGUUUUAAAUGUGGCGCUCAAAAAAUACAGGCCACCAAAAAAUACCAACUGGAAUUCCAAGCUUCUGGCAGCACUGCAAAAUCAUUGCAAGUGGCAGCGCUGGAAAAUGCACUGGAAAUCAUCGAACUAUCGAAGAACGCCUCUUGUUAUCGAAACCUAUUUAUAUUUUUGAAUUAAAUUAAAAUUUAAACACAUAUAAAUAGUUUUCAAGCCAAUUUGGGUGUGCAAUGAGGAAAAGGCCUGCUAAGCUAAGAUAAGCAUUGGAUUCACAUCAUAAAAUACAUUGGAAACCCCACUUUCCAGUGCGCUGACAUUGAAAAGUCGAGAAUAGAUUUAAUUGGUAAUUGAUUGCAGUUUGCAAUUGGAGCAAGCGAGUGAGUGAAUGGGUAAAAAUCAAUACGCGGAGCAGCAGCGAUGGAGCAGCGCGCCAACUUCCUGGCCCUGACCCUCCUGGACGCCCUGGAGGACGAGAACGAGUCGGACAUCAUGUCGAUGCUGGAGAGGAAUAGCAUAAAUGCUGGCAUAGUGCCCUGCGAUCGCGGUUUGGCCCCGCUGCACUAUGUGUGCGGUAUGCGGAACGGGGAGCUUGCCCAGAGGAUCCUGGAGCGGUUCCUCGAGUGCCCCGAUCUCGACGUGGAUGCCCUGUGCGAUGGCCAGACGACGGCGCUGCACAUCGCCAGCAUCUAUGGGCGGGCGGAGCUGGUGAGGAUGCUGCUGGAGCGUGGAGCUCGUGCGGAUCUGGCCGACGAGGAGAACAAGCUGCCUGUGCACUAUGCCAUCGAGGAGUGCCACUUCGAGGUGCUGCAACUGCUGCGGGAUCACAUCUUCCGCGAAAAGCAACGCCAGAAGAAGCAAAAGCAGCAACAGCGAGUCGACGCUCUGACCCCCAAUCAGCCGAGGUACAACCACGAUGUCACCUCCCCUUAUUACAUCAAUAUCACCCACAGGCGGCAUCGGCCGCAGCCAAAGUUUCCGGAACCCGAGGAGGAAUUCGAUGGCACACAGAUUCCCCCACUGCCAGAUGAGGAGUCGGUGAACCUGUUCGCCCUGACCGAGGCCCAUCUCACGCAGCUCAUCCAGAGCCAGCGGGAGAACCAGCCUGAGGAUCCCGAUCAGCCAAAGCGGCGCACCCUCAUCGAGAGCUGGCGCGAGAAGGUGGAAAGGUCGCGUGCCCGCCAAUCCCUGCUCCAUCAGUACGACGAGCAUGUGGAGGCGCUGGUGGACGAGGCCCUCGGGCAGGAGGACUUCAGCUACGAGCAGCACCUGCAACAGCAGCUGCGCGGCGAAGACAAUCCCAAGGAUCAGGGGGAGGAUGCCCCUUGCUCAGGUCGCCAGGUCUUUGAGCUGCUGGUGGAGCAGGUCGCCCAUGCGGUCGUAGAGCCGGAGCCAGAGCACAGCUUCUUCACAGCCCAUGGUGAGGAGGAGGCUGCCGCCUCGGAUAACUCCCCACGCCAGGAUGAGUACUUCCUGCAGAUCAAGGAGGCCUACGUUCACACCGACGACGAGAAUGGCUUAGUCUUCUACGAGGCCAAGUUCCUACAGAAUGCCGAUAAGCGGGAGCCGGCUGACCAAGCUAUCAAAGAGAAGAAGCCUGAUUUGGACAGCACCGUGAGCACAAAUCAUACCCUGCCACUGGACUACGAAACGGAUGCCCUGCGCCGAGAGUUGACCCAAAUGGGUGCUCCGGUUGGGCCCAUUACGAAGACAACCAAGCGGUUGUACAUCAAGCAGCUGAUCAAGUACAAGCGGAAUACGGAGGCGCUACUGGCCGCCCAAAAGCACGCCCAGGAGGCGCAAAUCCGGUACUCGGUGGAGCUGCAUCGCACUCUCCGAUCGCCGGAGGACUUUGCCCGUAUCAGCGAAUACUUGCCGCACGAGGCAGCCUCGGCAGCACAUUUCGCCAAGUCCGGCGUCCCAAAGAAGAACCUGCGGGAGGGCCACCUCAAGCAGAGCUUUAUCUACAUGCUGAUUGAUCCGCGCAUCUCCCGAAAUCUGCCCGGCGAGAGUGCUUUUCUCGAAAAGUUCGGAGUGUGGCAACGUUUCCUUGACUCCAUUUUUUACGUGGGCAAGGGCAAGUCCUCGCGGCCAUAUGCUCAUCUCUACGAUGCCAUGCGUCAGCAUACUCGACUCCACCAGAAGCGGGAUAAGGACAAGAAGAACAAGGAUCGUGGUGGUGGAUUUCGCACCCUUCAACCAGAUGUUUUCCGCUCGCCGCCACCGAGUGAUGGCAAAAUGGGAAGCCGAAAGCUGGAGCGCAUCCUGGACAUUUGGCAGCAUGGCAGUGGAGUGGUAUGUCUGCACGUCUUCCACAACAUCUUGCCCAUUGAUGCGUAUACGCGCGAGGCCGCUAUUAUAGACGCCUUGGGCCUGACGCACCUCACCAACCUGAAGCGUGGGGAUUACUACGGGCCCGCCCAGUCGUGGACGAUGAAACAGAAGAAGCAACUGGGCAUCGCACUGCUCCUCAAGGCCAUGCACAUUUAUCUGGCGGAAGGAGAAUCCCAGCUGUCGCCUAGCGACCUCUUAUAAUAAAUGCAUCGAAGUGGGAUGAACUACAACCUGGCAAUUGGCACCAAGUACAAAGUGCAAUGGCGCAAUUCGAAUAUGUUCAAAGCUUGAUCUCAAGAUUGUUUUAGUAGGAAAUGAGGUAGAGAUGAGACGAUGAGAUCAUAAUAAUAGGGUAUUUCAAAUGCAAAGUUCAACUGCAAAAUAGUUGUAAAUUAAUUUGCAUUUCUAAGCUUGAAACUGAAACUUUGAAAUAUUUAUUUUUAAUGAAACGUACUACAAUUUUUGGCGACUAGUCUUAAAUAUGUGCACAUUUAUUUUAACAAUAAUUAUUUGCGUUCCGGCGAAACCAGUCAUUUCUGGUCUUUAUAACAUCUUGUUUUUAAAUAAGAUUUAUUUGAUUUUAA